AAUCCGUCCGUUCAUUUCCACUACUAGUUAUUGGAUUUGAUAUCUAAUUAAUAAAAAAGAUUUAUGUGUGAUACCAUAUCUAACAACAAGAAUCCAAUGCUAAAAAAAUAUUUAAUCAGAUUCUAUUUCUGGGUGUUGCAAGAAAUGGUUAAUGAAGUAUCCGGCUUUGUCGUUUUUUGAUUAUUGGUAUCCUGAUUUGUACCGUAAGGAUUAGUAUUGUUUUCUUCCAUUGUUGAGUUUAUUACCCAAUUGCUUACGCGUAGAGCUGGACUUAUCAGGGCCAUUUAUCUCUGACACUAAAAAAUAGACCCCCUCCUAUAAAAACAAAAGGAGAAGAUUUUGCAGUUCAUAACAAGCAUAUCUGACACAACCCCAAAAACUGAAGGGGAGUUAGAAUCUGAAAACAGAAUCAAACAAGCUACCAGGGAAAAUUCUGUCAAACUUCUUCGAUGAAUACUAUAAUGUGAAUGUCCAACUGGGUUUUCCUUAUUUUCCUGAAAAGUUCAAGCAGGUGUCGGGAGUGACCAGAAUUAAAAGGGGGAUUGGAUUGGAUUGGAUUGGAUUGAUUUGGUUUGCUUUGCUUACCUGUGUGAUCAGGUGAUAUGGAUGAUUUACCAAAAGUUUUGCAUGGGUGGAGCUGGGAAGAAAACAAGCUGUUUGAGAUGGCUUUGGCUGGGGUUGAUGAAGAAGACCCGGAUAGAUGGAAGGUGGUUGCAGCCAUGGUUGGUGGGAAGAAGAGUGAAGAGGAUGUGCAGAAACAUUAUGUGAUCCUUUUAGAGGACUUGCAGGGUAUAGAGUCCGGUAAAUUGGAUCAUAAACUUGUCGGAGAAGCUCAGCCUUGUGUUCAAGUUGACUGCACUGAAUCUGUAUGUUGGACUGAUGAAGAUCACAAAGUUUCAUUUUUAAUCGGUUGGUCAACCAUGUGAAUCCAAUAUUGCUAGUCUGAUCAAUAAGGGGCGGAUUAUAGAGAAAAUGUUGUGGUCAUUCCACUGCUUUCUACCAAGGGUUCUUCGUUCAGCAAACUCCUCCAGAAAAAUGCAUCAGAUUCUUGCCUUUUGUUGUCUAAAGGAAGUGAUUUCAGGUUGAUGCAUUUUUAUUCCCAGUCUCAUGAAAAAGAUAAUAUAGUUCAUUUUUGUGCCCCAAUGUAAUCCACUGUUCCUCACUCAUCGUAUGGCAAGCCUUGAGGAAACUAGGUCUAAAACCCCUUGUAAUAAAGAAAUUAAGCAGAGAAAGCACAAGGGAAAUCAACAUCUAUGUCUCGAUAGAUAGAUCAUAUUAGCUUCAAUUAGUUGUAUGUUAUGUAGCGGUGACUGGAGCCUGCUAUCAUGGUUUAUUUUACAUCUUAUUCCUAGAUAGGUCAAAAAUUCUCCUUACCAGUAGCUUUUUGAGUUCCAGAAAAGAUUGUUGUUCCUUUGGAAUUUGGGUUAAAUGUCAUAUUUCUUCUGUUAAA